AAACUGUAGUGUCAUACUGUCACAUACUGUCAUUCAGUAGUGUCAUACUGUAUUUAGUUUUGAAUAAUCGCGUUUAAGAUAUUUUAGCGAAUUAAGUGCAAUGAUGAAUCAAUUGAUAGAAAAUGGGAAAGGAAAUUUACCCGAUUAUGAGGUACAAGGUGUGAGAAAAGUAAACUUCAAUCCAUAUUCCGACAAUGGAGGGAGUGUUGUGGCUCUUGCUGGGGAUGAUUUCUGCGUCAUAGCCGCAGACACGCGUCUCAGCACUGGAUUUACGAUUCACACUCGAAAUCAGGAUAAAUUAUUUCCGUUGUCAGACACGACUAUCUUAGGGUGCUCUGGUUGUUGGUGCGAUACCACAACUCUAACUCGUCUCCUAUCCGCUCGCAUGCAGAUGUAUAAACAUGAACAUCAAAAGGAAAUGUUAACUCCAGCAGUAGCACAAAUGCUGUCGAUAAUGCUGUAUCACAAAAGAUUCUUUCCUUAUUAUGUUAGCAAUAUACUUGCUGGAUUAGAUGAGAAUGGGAAAGGUUGUUUAUAUAGUUAUGAUCCAAUUGGACAUUGCGAGAAAACUACAUAUAGAGCUGGUGGUUCAGCCGGUGCACUUUUGCAACCACUUCUUGAUAAUCAGAUUGGUUACAAAAAUCAAGAAGGUGUCACUCCUGUACCUUUAACUCAAGAAAAGGCUAUAGCAAUCUUGAAAGACGUUUUCACUUCUGCUGCCGAAAGAGAUAUAUACACAGGUGAUGGAAUAACUAUCAAAAUUAUUACCAAGGAUGGAAUAGAAGUCUCAAGUUUUGCUCUGAGAAAGGAUUAAUGGAGGGAAAAAAGCAUUUAUAUUAUAUGCGCAAAUAAAGUUAUUUGAGUAU